AAUAAACAAUUGUCUUUUCUGAUAUUUGUUUUUGCUUCUUCUUUUCGCUAUUUCUCCUUCUUUGGCUUGCUUCCUUUUUCCCUUUUCUUCUGUUAUAACCCAUGGAGGAGGACCAAAGACGUCGCCCACCCCGGGCUGUAAACAUAAUUCGUCCCUCCUCUCCAAUGCUGCAAGCAUUCAGACGCCCUUACUUUUUAGCCCACCAGAACAAUAACAACAAUGCUCUCAAUAACGAGCAUUCUUCGACAACGACGCCAUCGAUCACAACCGCAGGCUCAAUGACCUCCUCGACGUCCACAUGGUCUUCGUCGUCAUCUUCGAUUCUCUCAAAUGAGCAACAACAGGCCUACAGCAAACUCAAUGGCGGUUUUGUUGUUCAUAAUCGACCUGGUUCGCCAUUCACUUCUGUUCGAUCGCCCUCGCCCACUGGCUGGUCUGUGAUUGCCAAGAAUAUGCAGCAGUAUCAUCGACCCAUGUCGCCGCUGGGUUAUCGUACUCAGCAACAACAGCAGCAGCAGCACAACUAUACGCCACUAUCUCGGAUCGCAUCCGCGCUGUCACAGAUGUCUACUGAUAGUACGGAUGAAGAAGACGAAAUAGACGAUGACGACAACGAUAACUCGGACAUCGAGGACAAUAGUGAUGAUGAUAUCACGCCCGACGGGUCGUCGUCAGAAGAAGACGAGCCUGAAGUCGUCGCCAGGAUGAAACAAGGAUGCACGAUUUUGAACGGCAGGGGCGAGUUUGUCACCAUCAACAACGACCAACAAUCCACCGUCAGUAGUACUAGCAACAAUACCAAUAUUCAUGGUGGUGCAAAAUUGAAUCGCAAGAUAGCCGACUUGGAGAUCGAAAUCAACUCGCUAUCCACGGUCAAUGCCUCUUUGGAAGAACAGACUCGCCAACAAGCAGCACGUAUUGCAGAACUCGAGCGUUUGAUUACACAGAGGCAAGUGGAUACCUCGUUACCUCCCACGCCCGUUUCCAUGACGUUUUCUGAGAGGAACGAAGAUGGUAGCACUAGUAGUGACGAGGAUGAUGAGGAGAGCAGUGAUAAGGAAGCAGAUCAAGUAUUUGAGCGGAUAAAGGGCAUGCUUCAAGUGCUUAUCGAACAAGCACAGCGUGCCAUUGCUGCUCAAAGCAAAACAAGCGGACGCGUUCUCCUCCACUCCUCUUCUGGUAUCGGUACUGCUGCUGCUGCUGGUACUUCAACUGCUGCAACUGCAGGCCCAGUCAAUAUCAUGAAUUUUGAGCGCGCCUCAACACCUGUCCGAACACAACGUCAACGUAGUGCUAGCAGAAACUCGGUGGUGUCUUGUCCUCCCGAGAUACGACCGCGACCUGCAAACAACCGCCGCUCUUGGCCUACUGUUACUACAAGCAAUAGCCGCUUAUUGCGUAUGGCGACGCAAACACCACAACAGCUCACUGGACGGCAACGGUCCCAGUCCAUGAUCCGAGCAAACUCUUCGCCAUUCCAUUAAUACCACCAACACUGCCACCUCAUCAAUGCGACAAGUUUCCCACAAUCUCUUACACUACUCUAAAACAUCGAUCUAACAACGCUGUCAUCAGAAUGUGUGGAUAAUACACACAACGUAUCUAUGCCCUUCCUUUUCUCCUUGGAUUCCCUUUUACUAUCACCAAUUUUAUAUACGCCAUUGCCCCCAGCUAUUUACUCCAUACUAUGUUCGUCAACCAUUUCUCUUUCCUUUAUGUAAUUUUUUUGUGGGUCGCCUGCCUCUACUAUCUCUAUCCCUCGCUCUCUGUCUCUUAACCUUAAUACAUACAUAUGAACCUUCUUCUUCUGUAUAUUUUCUUUGUCAUUUUCCUUUUCUUUUACUUGCAGUUGUCUAUUAUUAAUUUCAAAAAGUUUCCUUCAGAACCA